AAAAAAAAAAGCAAAUCCAAACCCAUAAGAGUUAAGACAAGUCAAAAUAGUGGAUGUUAUAAGUAUAAAAUUUUGGUAACACUUGGCACGUUUAGAACCACCUACCACAUUAUAGCAACCCCACAAAAGCCAAAGUUUUCCUACACCUUGUAUAAGCCUUGGCCACCCAUCAGCCCACAGCACCAUUCUCUUCCAACUUACAACUUUUAAUUUUUUUCUUAAAAGAAGAAGAAGAAGAAGAGUUUGAGUUUUAUUAAUCUGCAAUGGCAGGAAAUGGUGUAUUUGCAGAAAUAAUUGAAGGGGAAGUUUAUAAAUAUUAUGCUGAUGGUGAAUGGAAAAUUUCAUCUUCUGGUAAAUCAGUUUCCAUCAUUAAUCCUACCACUAGAAAGAUCCAAUAUAAAGUCCAAGCAUGCACCCAAGAAGAGGUUAAUAAGGUGAUGGAAGCAUCCAAAGUGGCACAAAAAUCAUGGGCAAAGACACCUCUUUGGAAGAGAGCAGAGUUAUUGCAUAAAGCAGCUGCCAUUUUGAAACAACAUAAAACUCCAAUUGCUGAAUGUUUGGUCAAAGAGAUUGCUAAGCCUGCUAAGGAUGCUGUGACUGAAGCUGUUAGGUCUGGAGAUUUGGUGUCUUAUUGUGCCGAAGAAGGGGUGAGAAUUCUUGGAGAAGGAAAGUUCCUGGUUUCUGACAGUUUCCCUGGAAAUGAGAGGACCAAGUAUUGUUUAACAUCCAAGAUUCCACUAGGGGUUGUUUUAGCAAUUCCACCCUUCAACUAUCCUGUCAACCUUGCUGUCUCAAAAAUUGCACCUGCUCUUAUUGCUGGAAAUUCGCUCGUGCUAAAGCCUCCAACACAGGGUGCUGUUUCUGCACUCCACAUGAUCCAUUGCUUUCACUUGGCUGGCUUUCCAAAAGGACUUAUAAGCUGUAUCACCGGAAAAGGCUCUGAAAUUGGUGAUUUCCUAACAUUGCAUCCAGGGGUUGACUGCAUAAGCUUCACUGGAGGAGACACUGGAAUUGCAAUUUCAAAGAAGGCUGGAAUGAUCCCUCUUCAGAUGGAACUUGGUGGAAAAGAUGCUUGCAUUGUACUUGAAGAUGCCGAUUUGGAUCUUGUUGCUGCAAACAUUAUAAAAGGAGGCUUCUCUUACAGUGGCCAAAGAUGCACAGCUGUUAAAGUUGUGCUAGUAAUGGAUUCUGUGGCUGAUACCCUUGUCGAAAAAGUGAAAGCUAGAGUAGCCAAACUCACAGUCGGUCCUCCUGAGGAAAACUGUGAUAUAACUCCUGUUGUCACAGAGUCAUCUGCAAACUUCAUUGAAGGAUUAGUCAAGGAUGCCAAGGAGAAGGGAGCAACUUUCUGCCAAGAGUAUAAAAGGGAGGGCAACCUCAUUUGGCCCUUGCUAUUGGACAAUGUUCGGCCAGACAUGAGGAUUGCAUGGGAGGAGCCUUUCGGCCCUGUCUUGCCAGUUAUUAGGAUAAACUCUAUCGAAGAAGGGAUCCACCAUUGUAAUGCUAGCAAUUUCGGUCUCCAGGGAUGUAUUUUCACAAAAGACAUAAACAAGGCAAUUCUGAUUAGUGAUGCAAUGGAGACGGGAACAGUUCAGAUCAAUUCUGCGCCUGCUCGUGGACCAGAUCACUUCCCCUUCCAGGGAAUAAAGGACAGUGGAAUUGGUUCCCAGGGGAUAACCAACAGUAUUAAUAUGAUGACGAAAAUUAAGAGCACUGUAAUCAACUUGCCUACACCGUCCUACACAAUGGGCUGAUUCAUCGAUUUGUGUUAACAUUAUGUAAUGAAUAAAUCAUUUCCCAUAGAUCUUCUUAUCCCUAAAUUAUGUUUUAGGCAUGUUUUACCUUUAAGCAGAGUAUGUUCUUGGAAGCUACCAUUUAGCUGCUUACAGUAUGAAAGAUAGAACAGUCAUUAUUUUCCCGUUAACAGUUUCUCUUCUUAAUUUCGAACAUGAGCUUUGCCAAUCAAAACGGGGAAGGAACACAGAGGUGGUGUUCAGCUUACCAGUAAGGCAAGUAUUGUUGAGAUUAUGUAAUGAUUUUUUUUUUGUAAUUUACAAGAGGUUGUCAAAGUGGGCAUGCAAA